UCGUGUUCCAUCGGUUUGUAAUGGGUAAGGUCAAGAUCUUCGAUCCCCGUAGUUACAACUGUGGCAACCUCCAUAGCAACUAGGAAACACAGGCAGCAAACUGCUCCCUGCAUACAACUGGCAAAAGGCAAGAUUUUUGCACUGGGACUAAAUCCAAAUCAACCAGACUUAGUGUUAUCAAUAGCCGGUCAGGACUGAGUCCUGCAGCCAGCUGCUUUUGCAAGAAUGGCUGCUUUGGAAGCGUUCCUGCCUACAGGUCACAGGUAUUGCAGUGCGAUGCCAGUUCUGGACAGGUUCUCGUGCUCCAGAGUCAUGCCUACUGUCAGCCCCUGCUGCAGGAGCUCUUCUGUAGUGCAUCCGGCCUGGAUCACCGAUCCCUUCACUCCCCAGAGGUGCCAAUGGAUUACCCACUGCCCCCCUUCCCCUGACCCAGCAUGGAAGAGGCUGAGUGCAUCAGGGAGAUCAGUGGGUUUAGACAGCAAUGUCCCUGUGUUGGUAAGACGGGAACAAGAUGGAUUUUACUACCGUGGUACAGUAAAAGAGGAGGUAGAGAAUGAAAGAGGCAUGUUCCUGGUAGAGUUUGCCAAACCACUUGUGUCACAUGGAAGGCAUCCAGUGUGUGUACAAAAAACAGCAAAGGAUGACAUCCUAGAAUACGUGAACAGGAUGAAGCACUCCUUACUCCCUGGAGACAAAGUGCUGGCACCCUGGGAGCCAACUAUGGCCAGGUAUGGCCCUGGAACUGUCCUCACAGGCAUUGAGACAAGGGACCCCUUGCAAGCCUCAGAAGAUGAAGGAGUUAUGGUCCACUUCUGGAAUGACAAGAAAGUCAAGCUCCCGCCAGGUGUGGCUCUCUGGAUCCCUCCUAGCCUGUGGGAAAGGAUUGUGGAGAUGAUCCAUAUGCCCUUAACCAGCAGGGUGAAGCCCAGAGAAAUUCCAGACACUAACUGUUGUAUUUGUUCCUACAGUCCUAAAACAGUCCUGAUUCCCAUUUGUGCUGUACAUAGCCCUGCCAACCAGUGCUUGCUCUGCUCACCCUGCUGGCCGAGUUUCCACUUCCACUGUGAUUGUAUAAGCUGUUUGUCAGCAUAUGUAAGCAUCUGCUGCUGUCAUCCCCAUGUCAGUGCCUGGUGGCCUCUUCCAUCCAGGCAUCUGGUAUUUCAAAGUGAAACGGAAGAGGUAGAGUCCAGCAGUCAGCCCCCUCCAUGCCUUCUAGAACCAAAAAGCCCCAAAUCAGAAGCAGCAGCAGCAGCUGUGGCACCAUCUUCUGCCUCUUCUGAUUCAGAGUGGGACCUGGAGCCAUUCACCACUCAGAAUACCGUGGUGGACAGUGCUGUUAACACAGGCUCCGGCUGUCUUGAGAAGCCCAGGCUAAAGGAUUCUGCAGACCCGAGUGGAAAUACUGGAAAAGAAGCCACCACAAGUCCCAUCCCAGUAACUCAGGACUUGUCAAUUGCAGCAGUACAUGUGCAGAGAGCAAGCUGGAACCCAAAGACAUCUCUACUAGGGACACGUUCAGUGUUGCCUCUACUAAUCAUAGUGCAAUGUUUGAAACCAUCGAGCUGUCUCCCAGAAGUCACAAUGAAAGAAAUCUUAAGAGACCAAGACUUCAAGCUGUCAAUGGGGACUAGACUUCCAAGGAAUUUGUAUUCUGUCUUCCAGGAAGAAGGUUUUGAGGCAUCAGAAAAACAAAGAUGUAAAACAGCAAGGAAGAAAAUAGAAUUGGAUGAUAAACAUAAAGCAACUUACAUACAAGAUGACAAACUUGACAAUACAGACCAUGUCAGAAGAGAACAGACAGAAAAAUCAGUAAAGAGCUCACUUGCAACAGAACAGAGAGACACGAUCAGCCAGAAUUCAAUGAAAGUACAACUGAUGAAGCUCAGAAGUUGAAAUUUCAGGUAAACUGCUUAUACUAUAUCAGUGUAGCAUUUAUUAACCAAAUCAAGUUCUGAUUUGGGUACUGUGUCUGUAGACUAUGAAUAACUGUAAAAUCUUAAUAUCUGAGAAAGUCUGUAUCUACACACACUGUAUGUGUGUAAUACUGUAAUUUCAGCAUCCUCAUUCUUUACUCCAAGGUACUGAAUGAAAUUCCUAAUUAUUUGGACUUGACUUUACAAUUCUGGAGAGAUCAGGUAAAGCAGUGUGAGCACUGAGACCCAGAACAGAUGCACAGCAAGGGUCUAAUAAACCUCCGAUUUGUCUACAGUUCUCUGGAGUCAGCCAGAGGAAUUCAGCAUAGCGAUUUCUUCUUGUAGAAAGCCAGAAGAAAUGAAGAAACAAUACAAGCUGACAGCUGAAAAUAUUUUUUUCAAUAUUAAAGCACAAAAGAAAGUAGCCAGAGGGUAAAGGACCUGCAACUGUAGAUACAAACAACAAAAUGCUUAGAGAUCUAGCAUUCAAGUCGGUGAAUUUUAUAUUCCCAUGAAAAUUAAUUGAAAUCUGAAUACCAUUAUCUACAAAAAGAUUACAGAUAUAUAUAUAGAUUGUGUCACUAAUUCUGAUUGUGAAAUCUGAUCCUUCAGAAGAGUUAAGCAUCCAGGGAAUCUUGUUAGUAUGAGACUCCUCAUGUUCAAAGUGUAUGAACUUGGCCAU